AUGAUGAUGCUCAGAAUCCGAAGCAGAGAUGGAUUGGAGCGAGUGAGCGUAGAUGGAUCUCAUAUCACAGUCUCCCAACUCAAAACCCUAAUCCAGGAUCAGCUCCAGAUCCCUAUCCAUAACCAAACCUUAUCCACCAAUCGGAACCUUCUCCUCGCGAAGACGCCGGCUGAUUUCUCAGGGUUCAGCGACAUGAACGACCCAAACCUUCGAAUCUCGUCGCUCGGUCUCGGCCACGGCUCUAUGGUCUACCUUGCCUACGAGGGUGAGCGUACGAUUCGUGGUGGUCCGGCAGUGACCCCUGCCGGUUCAUUCGGGAGGAAGAUGACCGUCGAUGAUCUAAUCGCACGCCAGAUGCGCGUGACUCGUCAGGAGAAAUCUCACUGCGAUUCCGUCUCCUUCGACCGCGAUUGCGCGAAUGCGUUUCAGCACUACGUCAACGAGUCGCUAGCGUUCGCUGUGAAACGCGGGGGAUUCAUGUACGGAACCGUCUCGGAGGAAGGUGAGGUGGAGGUGAAUUUCAUCUACGAGCCGCCGCAGCAAGGGAUGGAGGAUAACCUGAUUCUGAUGAGGGACGCGGAGGAAGAGAAGCGCGUCGAUGCAAUCGCCUUAGGUUUAGGGAUGAGGAAAGUUGGGUUUAUAUUCAACCAGACGGUGACGCAGGACAAGAAGGAGUACACGUUGUCCAACGCUGAGGUGUUGCUAGCGACGCAGCUUCACGCAGAGAGCGACUUGAAAGAGUGGGUCACGGCGGUUGUGAAGCUCGAGAUCAAUGAGGACGGUGGCGCAGAUGUUCAUUUCGAGGCGUUUCAGAUGAGUGAUAUGUGCGUCAGGCUGUUCAGGGAAGGAUGGUUCGAGACGGAGAUUGGAUCCGAGGAUGAUCCCAAGCUCUCCAAGAUGAAGAAAGAGGUGGUUCUUGGAGUCAAGGAUGUCAAAGAAGUGGACAAUGAUUUCUUCCUCGUCGUCGUCAAGAUCUUGGAUCACCAGGGAUCGCUGUCGUGUACCUUCCCGAUAGAGAACCGAAACAUUCAGACGACGACGCGGGCGUUGAAGACCCAUAUGGAUCGUUCAAGGAGCCUCCCAUUCGUGAAGAGGAUCUCUGAUUUCCACCUGCUUCUCUUUGUGGCUCAGUUUCUAGACGUUGUGUCAGAUGUUCCUGCAUUGGCUGAGUGCGUACGUCUUCAGUCUCAUGUCCCUGAGGGCUAUGAGUUGCUCAUCGACUCUAUGGCCAAUUCCUAA